AAGCGCUCGGUGCGCGCGCCCGCCCGCUGUGGAGCUGGUCCCUGGCGCGGAGCAGGCGAGUCCUCCUCCUCCUCCUCCUGCCGCUCCCCCGCCCCUUCUCCUCGCGCUUUGUUGGUGCCUCUCCCGGGAGAGCGGCGGCGGCUGCGGCCGGCGGCGAUGCCCGAGUUCCUGGCGGAUCCGUCGGUGCUGACCAAGGAGAAGCUGAAGAGCGAGCUGAUCGCUAACAAUGUGAGCCUCCCGGGCGGCGAGCAGCGCAAGGACGUGUACGUGCAGCUCUACCUGCAGCACCUCACCGCCCGCAACCCGCCCGCCCUCGCGCAGCCCGACUUUUCCAGCGACGAGGAGCGGGAGCCCACACCGCUCGGCGCCCGGAGCCGCGGAGCUGCUGCCGCCGGGCGGAAAGCUACAAAGAAAACUGACAAACCCAGACCAGAGGAGAAGGAUGGCCUAGAUAUAACAGAGAUGAGCAAUGAAGACCUUCAAGAGCAACUUACGAAGUAUGGAGUAAAUCCUGGCCCCAUUGUAGCAACUACUAGGAAACUUUAUGAGAAAAAGCUUUUGAAACUGAUGGAACAAGGUCCUGACCUGAAGGCACCUGUGCCUCUCCCAGCAAUUUCAACUACUGAGAACACCAGACAGAAUGGAAACAAUGAUUCUGACCAGUACAGUGACAAUGAGGAAGAUCCGAAGACUGAGCUGAGGCUUGAGAAGAGAGAACCUCUGAAAGCCAGGAUGAAGAUGCCAGUAGCACUCAAACAAAAAAGAGUUGUUGAACACAACCAGACCUAUUCUCAAGAUGGAGUUACUGAGACUGUCUGGACAAGUGGAUCUUCAAAAAGUGGACCUCUGCAGGCAUUUUCUAGGGAGUCUACAAGAGUGUCAAGAAGAACACCAAGAAAAAGGGUGGAAGCUACAGAACAAUUGCCUAUAGAUGAUGCUGUAAUAUCAGAGAGUACUCCCAUAAAUGAAACUAUAUUGGCUGCAAGCAACGAGACCCUAGUUGGCAAUAGGGUGCCUGGAAAUUUCAAGCAUGCAGCUCCUACACUGUCAGUCAGUGAACUCUCAGACAUGCCCAGAAGAACACCAAAGAAACCACUGAUGACAGCUGAACAAGAAGAGACAGAUUGUCCACAUCAGUGCUUUUUAAAUCAUGUUGGUCACAACCAGUCCUGUGAUCUGCUCAACACAGCCAUGAUAGAGGUGCUGGAGAGAACUACAGAAGAAAGAAGAAUAGAAAGGGAUAUUCUUAAAGAAAUGUUCCCUUAUGAAGCAUCAACACCUACAGGAAUUAGUGCUAGCUGCCGUAGACCAAUCAAAGGAGCUGCAAGCCGGCCUCUAGAGCCCAGUGACUUCAUACUGGAGGAAAGUUACUCUAAGUAUGCGCAAAAAUACAGUACCUCGACUGACAUCAAGUCAGAGAAGCCACCAAUAAAAAAAGAACGCCCUGUUCCCGUGUGGAUAAAAGUUCUUCUCUUUGUUGUUGUUUCAGUCUUCAUGUUUUUGGUUUAUCAGUCAAUGGAAACUAAUCAAGGAAAUCCUUUUUCUAGAUACCUGAAUAUUGUCACUUCAGGCCGUGCCGAAUGAAUAUCUUUCUGAAAGGCACACCCAAUUUGAUCUCCUGUUUUUUAAUUGUAGAGAACUCUUCUGCCCUCUCAUCGGCUCAAGGACUUCUUACAAAUAAUGUGAUUGGAACCUGAUAAAUUGGAUAAAUGAAGAAAGAUAAUAUUAAAAGGACAUUGAUAACUUUCUGGACUUUGGACAAGUAGAUCACUGCCAUAGGAGUAACAUUUUUUUAAAUCUUUGAACUUUUUGUAGGCUUUAUUUUUUUAAUGUGGACAUCCUUUAAAUUCACUUUUGAGAAAAUGUAUAUUUGUUUUUGCAAGAACUUGGAAGCUGAGAAGGGCAAAAAUGUAGAAAAAUGUGAAGCUGUGUUUUUAAAGCUUUUCCUUUGUACAGAAAAGAAGUUGUACUUCUGUCUCUAGAUUAUAGCAGAGAAGAUUUUAACCUGGGAAAAGGGCAAUGCAUUUUUUGAUGCUUUUUUUCAGUAACAAAAUAACCGAAUUUGAUCUCUUCGGUUGUAGACAGAGUACAACAGCAACCUUUUCUGUCGAUUACUGUAACUUUUUAGUAAAUGUAACUGUAAACCUGUUUGGAUUUCUGUAACCGUCUCAGUAUCAUAUUAGUAACUGUUUAAGUGUAACUUCAUUUAAAUGUAUCCCUUCAUUUUAGUGCUUACAGUGUUGUAGGAGCUGAAUACAGAUCUAAUUGGCAAGCGAUGUCUUAGAGGAACUUAUUUAUUAGUAAUAUGUGUGGGAAAUAAAAACAACGUCAUAAUAAUUUGCUACUAAAAUACUUUUUUGGGUCAAGAUUGUUACCUGAAGCAGUUGAAAUUCCAACAUUAGCAGUGGUCUUUUUUUUUUUUUUUUUAAAGCGAGGUCUUUCCAACACAGCUUUAUGUGAUUAUCUUUAAAUAUUCAUGUAGAAAAGUAUUCUCAAAGAGUGAAAAUUCCAUAUGAAGUUUUAUUCUUGUAUGAAGAGGGCAUUGCUGCAUUUUUUGCUAGUUUCAUCUUUUAAGGUGAGAUUUACUACUUUCAUGCCAUUGACUAUUUUUCUCAGUGGAAGCAUGCUGAAACACUCUCUAUUGUGUAACUUGAUUGAGCAGGCAGCUGACUUUACUACUACCAAUGAAGAGUGAUAAGCAAAAAUCUUUUUCAAGUGAAUGUAUACAUUUUUGGUGUGCUUAAAUUUGCAGCAUACAGAUGUUCAGUCUUAUUGCUUGGUACAAAAUUGCAAUAAAUCAUACUACUUAUUCUUAAAGUGCUACUUAUAAAAAGCUGAGAACAUUAGUUAAUAGUCAAUAUCUUUUUACUCUAGGUACAAUUAUUGUGUAGACUAUAGCUAUGGGGAAGCUUUACUUUUUGUGAACUUUGGGACAAACAUGGUAAUUUGUAGCAAAGCAAUAGUUUUGGGGUUUUUUUCCUGUUUAAUGUUUUUUUUUCCUUCUAAACUGCAUUUUUGAGUAAUACAAAUAGCUAAACUUGUGUCCAUCCUAUAGGGAAUUGUAACAUAAGACAUUCACUUUUGGUGUCAAAAAUGGAGAAAAAUAAAAAUGAUUUUAUUGUGUGUGGAUUUUCCUUAUCAAAUAAAUGCAUUGCUGAAAAGCAGCAAAAGCAAGACAA